AUGGAGUUUUCUUUUCUGCAGCUCACCAUCUCCAUAAUUGCCUUAGCCGCCAUUGCCCAAACAUCUUUCGUACAAUCCGCCUGUGACUCUGAUUGCGUUAAAGGGUUUGUUGCUGCACAUAACGCGGCCCGACAAACUGUUGGAUCUCCACCUGUUAACUGGAACUCCACCUUAGCAGACAUCGCCGAAUCCUAUGCCGCCAAGAGGUCUGCUGACUGUGUGCCGCAGAACUCUAACGGGCUGUAUGGGGAAAACAUUGCGGUGGCCUCUGCCGAAUUGUCUCCGGCGGAUUCCAUGAAGUUGUGGAUGGGUGAGAAGAAGGACUAUGACCACGCAUCGAAUUCUUGCACCAGCGGCAACAAUUGCCGCUCUUAUACGCAGGUGGUUUGGGGCGGCAGCACGAGUAUUGGCUGUGCUAGGGUUACGUGCAAAACUGAUUGGAUGUUUGUCAUCUGCUACUAUAACCCUCCGGGCAACUAUAUGGGCGAAAAACCAUAUUAA